UGUUAUUUUGUUUAGUUGCACUGAAACGUUUCAUUGCUGCAGCUGAAGCAGAUUUGAAAGUGUUUCUGUUUUCCAGUUGAACAUUAAAGCGGCGGUUGCUGGUUGGUUAAAAGUAGGUCUGUGUGUCAGCGGAGCGUUUCCGGGUUCUGCUGCCGAGUUGCCAUCACCUGCUCCAGGCUCCUUCCUCCUGUCAAGUCAGCGUCAAGCAGCUCCGGAGGCCCGGACACGGAACCGAACCACCAGCCGAUCAGCUGGCCCGGUUCAUGUCUACUCGCUGAACGCCUGAACCAGAGGAGGGACAGCGGGCAGCGGCGAUGGCGGCGUCGCUUCUCUCGGAGACUGACAUUCGGCACCGGUCCAUGGCGGAGGAGGAUCCGAACGGGAACGAGCAUGGGGCGGCUGCCCGCAGCGCGGCGCCUCGCUGGGGCCCGCAGCACGCCGGGGCCCGGCAGCUGGCCCGGCUCUACUCCCCAGGUAAACGGUUUCAGGAGUGGGUUUGUGUGAUUUUGUGCCUCUUCCUCUUCAUCAUCAACUUCUUCUUCCUCCUCCUGCACUUCUCCACCGUUCACAUCUACAAGAUCAUCUUCGGCAUUGUUUUGGGAAUAGUGACGGCAGAUUUUGCCUCGGGGAUUGUCCAUUGGGGAGCCGACACCUGGGGAUCCGUGGAUAUUCCUGUUGUUGGGAAGGCUUUCAUCCGGCCGUUCAGGGAGCACCACAUCGACCCGACCGCCAUUACUCGGCACGACUUCAUCGAAACCAACGGCGACAACUGCAUGAUCCCCAUCCUGCCGCUCGCCCACAUGGCCUACAGGUUCCUCACAUGCACACCAGAGGCCUUGGCGGCGUCCUACCCCGGGCACUGCUACGUGUUCGCCUUGGCGGUUUUUGUGACGCUGACCAAUCAGAUCCAUAAGUGGAGCCACUCCUACUUCGGCCUCCCGCGCUGGGUCACUCUGCUGCAGGACUGGCACCUGGUGCUGCCACGGAAACACCACCGGAUCCACCACGUUUCACCGCAUGAGACGUACUACUGCAUCACUACAGGAUGGUGCAAUUAUCCACUGGACCAGCUGGGCUUUUGGAGACGGAUGGAGUGGCUGAUCGAACAUCUGACGGGCCAGAGACCGCGAUCCGAUGACAUGGCGUGGGCCAAGAAGACCGACUGACGGACAAACCAGAGAAACCAGUAACAGGGGAGAGUCAGGCGUGUAAAUGCAAAUAUGCAGAUGUAGAAAUGAUGGACAGAUGUUUAGAAACAGAGACAAACUUUUUUUUUCUGGUAUCGCUGUGCUUCUUGCUUUUUUUCUGCUUCAGAACAAACGAUGUGUUCAGAGAAAGAAAAUCUUUGUGGCUGGUGUAAAAGCUUUCUGGAUGUUCUGCAUCCAUCAGUUUGUCUUUAGGCUCCUGAGGUGUUUGUUUAGUCAUGGUUCAGGUUUCUGGAGGUUGGGCUCUCCAGAAGAGACGCUGAGCUGUUUGGGACCAGCAGCUCUUCAGACCAACACAUAACGAAGGGAAACAUUCGGUUACCAUCUUUAUUUUAUGUUUCUUUCUUGGUUUAUUGGGACAUUUUUUUGUCAGAACCCACAAAGAAGGUGAAAUUAUGUUUAAAAAUGGCUAUAUCCUCACAGAGGAGUAAAAAUUAGCUAAUUUUAUGAUGUUUCCAUCCAAUAUUUUGUGCUCUAUAUUAACUUUCAAGAUGUAACAUAUAUUUACAGAGUUGAACCCUUGAUCUUCAUAAACAACAAAAAUCCUAAUAAUACCAGUUUGAUGUUAUGAUUUAUAUUCAGAUGUUUCUUAGAUUAGACCAGACUUUAACUUUUAAGAUUUUAGAUGAAUCCAUACUUUGCUAGAAACAAACCACAUUGGGAUCCAGAGGAAUAAUCGACUAUAAAUAUCCGUCCAACUCACAUAAAAAUGAGUAAAAAUUACAAACAUAAGAUCCUAAUGUUGGUUCAUCACUUCAUCCGUUAAGCUAAUCAUCGAUCAAUCAACCCCACCCAAAUUGACCAAACAAAUAGACCAACCAAACCAACCCCCACUUAAAUCUAUUAACAAAUCAGCAAACCAACCAACUCCACCCAACCAAACCGAUCCAAAAUAGACCAACCCAACGUAAAGCUAUAAUCCAACCAAAUCGACAAACCAACCAACCCAACCCAAACAGAUGACCCAUCCAACCCCAGCCAAAAUCAACCAACCCCACCUAAAUCUAUUAAAUAACCAACCUCACCCAAAUGAACAAACCACCCACCUUAAACCAAACAGACCAGUUAACCAACUUACCCCAAAUCGCCACCCAAACCGAUUCCACGACAAACCCUACCGAAAUUAUCAACCAAAUCCUAAAUUCCAAGGACACAAUUAAACCAAAUCAAGUUACCAUUGUUGCAGGUGCUUGUAAUGACGGACGCAACUCAUUAGGUGGCACUCUCGUCAAACAGGGUAACAUUUUCACAUUUGUCAGUAAUGUAAUGUCAAUAUUUUCAUAUACUGACAUAUGAUAACAGAUGUUCCUACAUUUAGGUAGAUCCAUCAAAAUGUACAGCAUUUUACACUACAGUAUGUACAUUUUCCAAUAAAGAAAAGAAAAAAAACAACUAAAGGAUGUACUCUAUUAAAAAUAUUGUGAUUUUGGUGAAAUGAGUAGAAACGUUUCCCUCUUUUUGAAGCUCCAUAUUUGGGCCAGUCUUUACUACUGAAACAGCAGUGGUGAUGCCAGACACAGGACAGAAAUGUCUUAUUUUACACUCAUAGAUAUUUCUGUCUACCCAGUGUUGCUGUCAGACUUACAGUUUUCUGUCAGAUCAGCUCAGAGUGCAAAGAGCACAUUAUCCAAUUCACCUCCAUUAUACGUCUUUCUUUAUAAAUUCAAGUUUUUAUUAAGGAACAACAUAGAAAAUAUACAUCUCGUUCAUUCACAUAAGAUGAUAUUGACCUGUACACAA